AUGGCGAUGGCGGUCGACGCGCAGCAGAAGAAGAAGGCUGCUAAAGCCAUGUUGAAGUACGCUACUGGGAAGCACUGGGAUCCCUCGGAUUGUCCCGAUUGGAAGCCUCAGGAUUAUUCUAUGUCCUGUUUGUCGCGCACUAUCCUGAAAGAUCCGCCGCCGGGGAUCGUCGUGAUACCAGACAAGUCUGACAUGACGCAAUUGCACGCAUUGAUCACGGGUCCGGACGACACGCCGUAUGAAGGCGGCAUAUUUCGCUUCUUCAUUCGCUGCCCACCCAACUACCCGAUCCAUCCCCCGCGCGUUAAGCUGCUCACAACCGGAAAUGGGGUCGUUCGAUUCAACCCCAACUUGUACAGCAAUGGGAAAGUCUGCUUGUCUAUUUUAGGAACAUGGGAAGGUCCUGGUUGGGUUGCCUCCAUGGGUCUAGCCAGUCUCCUGAUCUCAAUUCAGUCUUUGCUGAACGAUGAACCACUCCAUAAUGAACCUGGGUUGGAGAAGGAGUCCCUUUCACCGAUCGGACGCCCGGAAGUCGAGAAAUACAAUGCUUAUUUGGUGCACGAGACGUUGCGUGUAGCUGUGUGUGACACGGUAGAGAUGUGUCUCGCCGGCAGCCUGAAUUUGGAAAUUCAAGAAGUCGUGUAUGAGUAUUUCAUGAACAUGUUUGACCAUUACGUUGCCACGGCAGAGAAGAAUAAGUGCAAAGACGGCCAACUGCUUGAGAACUUCCUGGUGGCUUGUGGAAUGUGUAUGAAGAAAACGGACAAGUUCAACUUUGCGUCGCUGCGUCUUCGCCUGAACUCUCUGAAGAGCCAGAUCCUGGCCAGAGGAUUGUGUCAGGAACCUUCGACGGCAAGCUGUUUGAAUCUGAUGGAAUACUAUAUUCAUGUUUGA